UAAUUUUAUUUCACGUUCUUUUCAUUUAACACCCAAUUUUCGCCCGAAAUGACUGACCUCAGUCUCGUUUCGCCAUAAUUAAAAUUUUUUCGUCCGCUCAUUCCCACUCUGCGAAUAAAAUAAUUACACGAAAUUUCGUCAUUUUCCCGUUUCCACCUAACCCGAAUCGAAUCACGCAUCCUACAAAUGUGUCCCACUUACGUCACCUUGCCCUAUUUAUUUUCUUAGCCAACCUGCGAACUAUCAUUCAUAGAUCCCCAUUAGUCAUUCAUAGACUAUCUAAUCGCCACUAGCGUCAUUACCUCAACCGCCGCGAAGUGUGGUGUAUCAUAAAAUCGAAAGGUGAUUCCGUCUGUUCGCAUAACUCGAAAACCCGAAAAAACCGCGAAAAUGCCAUUCAAAAAAGUCUCGCACGUAAUUUUCGACAUGGACGGCCUCAUCAUAGAAUCUGAGUCAGCUUAUGACAGGGUAGUCAGCGAAAUCGGUGCGCCCUUCGGCAGCCCCUACACCACGGACAUCAAAAUCAAGAUUCUGGGUACGCCAGAACCCGACACUGCGAAAAUCGCCAUCCAAGAAAUGGGCUUACCUUACACGGUGGACGAGUUCCUAGAGAUAUACAGGGCGAAAGUGAAAGAGCAGUUGCAGCACCCCCCACUCAUGCCAGGCGCGAAACGACUUGUGCAGCAUUUGCACAAGCACAACAUCCCCAUAGCUGUGGCGACUUCUUCAGCUCAAGAUGCCAUGGAGCUUAAAACGCAAGAUCACCAAAAUCUGUUCACCCUCUUUCAUCAUAUAGUUUGCGGCAGCACUGAUCCUGACGUCAAAAACGGGAAGCCUGCUCCUGAUAUCUUCUUAGUUUGUGCUUCCAGGUUUCCAGAUAAGCCGCAGCCUGAACAGUGUUUGGUGCUGGAGGACGCUCCUAAUGGUGCUCAGGGUGCCAUCACUGCGGGAAUGCAGGCGGUGUUGGUUCCAGAUUCUGGAGUUCCAGAGGAGAGAAGAAAACCCGCUACUUUGAUUAUAAACUCCUUGGAAGAUUUUAAACCCGAGCUUUUUGGUCUACCAGCGUUCGAUUGAUGUGGAAAAGGGGGUGUAGUUAAUGUUUUAGGUCGUAUUAAGGAUCAAAACAAGAAUUACUGUUCAUAUAAUGAACUAAUGACAUCGUUAUGACAUGGUAGAUUUAUUGUGUCGCUUUUAUUUAUUGUUUCUUGUCUGUGUUAUUAAAUGUUGGAGUAAUUUAAUAGAAAUUAUUUUAAUAAAAUUGUUCGUUAUUA